AUGACUGUCGAUCUGACGCUCCGGCUGCACCGUUUCAAGCUGAUACCGAUCCUGUAUCACCUGUCGCUGCAAGCAAAGAGCAAGGACGGGCGCGAAACCAUGGUGAUGGAGCACUUUCCUGAGAUGGACCCCACCAAUACGGACCCACACAUCGUUUCUUUGAUCGGGCUGAAGUCGCUGAGCGACCCGAAUCCCUCCUUUGAAGGAGGGAAGAGGAAGGGUUCGAUCGCGAUCUACCUCGAGCCCUGGCACGCCGACGUCUUCGAGUUCCUGGAGCUACGCAAGAACUCUGGCAACGAGGAGGUGAGGUGCAGGGACCUGUUCACGGCUCUCUGGGUCCCGGACCUGUUCAUCAAGCGCGUCGAGUCUGACGGCACGUGGUCUCUCUUUGACCCGGACAAGGCGAGGGGUCUCCCGGACUGCUACGGGGAGGAGUUUGAGGAGCUGUACGAGAGGUACGAGGCGACACCCGGACUCGCGAGCAAGGUGGUUCGGGCGAAAGCGCUCUGGAGCGCCAUGCUCACCGCGCAAGUGGAGGGAGGGACGCCUUACGUGCUGUACAAGGACGCCGUCAACCGCAAGAGCAACCAAAAGCAUCUUGGUACCAUAAAGAGCUCAAACCUCUGCGCAGAGAUCACGGAGUUUACCUCCAAGGACGAGACGGCGGUCUGCACCCUGGCGUCCCUGUCGCUUCCCCAGUUUGUCGCUCUCGACGAUGAGAACAAGCCGACCUUUGACAUGCGCAAACUUCGGGAGGUGACAAAGGUGGUAAUCAGGAACUUGGACCUGAGCAUCGACCGGAGCUUCUACCCGACUCCCGAGGCCAAGCGCUCGAAUAUGCGCCACCGUCCCCUGGGCCUCGGCGUGCAGGGGCUGGCGGACGUCUUCAUGAUGCUCCGGCUGCCCUUCAGCAGCCCGGGGGCCAGGGCGCUCAACAGCGCCAUCUUCCAGAGCAUCUACUACGCGGCGGUCGAGGCGUCCGUCGAGCUCGCUGAGGAGAAGGGCGCGUAUGAGACCUUCCAGGGAUCUCCCUCGUCCAAGGGGCUGCUGCAGUUUGACCUGUGGGAGAAGAAGCCAGCCGAGAUGGGCUACGAUUGGGCCGGCCUUAAGGAGCGCGUGAAGAAGUCGGGCAUGCGCAAUAGUUUGCUUACGUGUGUGAUGCCCACCGCGUCUACCGGUCACCUCCUUGGGAACGUCGAGGCGGCAGAGGCGUUGAGCAGCAACCUGUACGUGCGACGUACUCUCGCAGGGGAGUUUGUGGUGGCAAACAACCACCUCAUGGCGGACCUCGUCAGGCUGGGCCUGUGGAAUGAUCAUAUGAAGGACCAGAUCAUGGCGAAUCGGGGCUCCAUUCAGGCCAUCCCCGAGAUCCCGGACGAUCUGAAGGAGCUGUAUAAGACGGUAUGGCAGAUAAAGCAGCGGGUCGUAAUUGACCUCGCGGCAGACCGCGGAAUCUUCAUCGAUCAGUCCCAGUCCAUGAACCUCUUUUGGCCGAAACCCACCCCUGGGGCCUUGUCCUCUGCGCUCGUCUACGGGCACAAGAAGGGACUAAAGACCAGUUUGUACUAUCUUCGUACAAAUCCUUCGACGGUCCCGACUGCGGUGACGGCGCCUCUGAAGAAGGGAAAGAAGGAUAAGCAGAAGGAGAAAGGCGAGGAUGACGGGCAGGACAAAGACGAGAUGGCAGUGAUUUGCAACGACGAGGUCUGCGUUGGCUGUUCGGGCUGA